ACUAAUAAGCUCACAAAUUAUAUGAUAAUGGCGGAACCAUCAUCGUCAUCUUCUUCUUCCUUCACAUGGAAUUGGAUCUACGACGUUUUCCUCAGUUUCAAAGGAGAAGAUACUAGAAACGGUUUCACCAGUAAUCUCUACCAUGCACUGGAUCAAAAGGGGAUCCACACCUUCAUUGAUGAUGAGGAGCUUCAAAAGGGGGAAGAAAUUACUCCAGCACUUGUGAAGGCUAUUCAAGAAUCUAGGAUCGCCAUCGUUGUGUUCUCUAAGAACUAUGCAUCAUCUACUUUCUGUUUGGACGAGCUUGCAAAGAUUAUUGAGCUGUUGAAACUUGAAGGAAGAUUGGUUUGGCCAAUCUUUUAUGAUGUGGAUCCAUCAGAUGUUCGCCAUCAGAAAGGUAGCUUUGCGGUGGCAUUAGCAAAACAUGAAGAACGGUUCCAGAAUGAUGACAAUGGCAAGGUACAAAAAUGGAGGAAUGCUCUACGUGAAGCAGCUAAUUUGUCCGGUUCACAUUUCAAACCAGGGUCUCAACAGGAAUACAAGUUUAUUGAAAACAUUGUUAGUGACAUCUCCAAAAAGCUGAAUUACACUCCUUUACAUGUUGCUGACAACCCGGUUGGCCUGGAAUCGCAAGUGCUAGAAGUGAAGUCUCUGCUACAACUUGGGUCUAAUAAUGAUGAAGAUGGAGGAGUACACAUGAUUGGGAUUUGUGGAAGUGGGGGAAUAGGUAAAACAACACUUGCAAGAGCUGUGUAUAACUCUGUUGCUGAUCAGUUUGAUGGUUUGUGUUUUCUUGCUGAUGUUAGAGAAAAUGCAAUCAACAAGAAUCAUGAUGGUCUUGCACAACUCCAAGAGACAUUUCUUUCUGAAGUUCUUGAUGAGAGUAAUAUAAGAAUAAGAGAUGUCAACAGAGGGAUUCCAAUGAUAAAAAGGAGGCUUCAACAAAAGAAGAUUCUUUUGGUUCUUGAUGAUGUUGAUGACUUAAACCAGUUAAGGGCUAUUGCCGGAGGCGAUGAUUGGUUCGGUUCAGGUAGUCGGAUAAUUAUCACUUCUAGGGACAAACAUUUGUUAGAAGCACAAUAUGGGAUGAAUCCAAACAAGAUUUAUGAGGUCAAAGAGUAAAACAAAAAAGAAGCUCUUGAAUUGUUUUGUUGGAAGGCCUUUAGAAGCAACAAAGUUAAGUCAGGGUAUGAAGAUAUUUCCAACCGUGUUCUUUCUUUUGCUGGUGGUGUUCCUUUGGCUUUGGAAGUAAUAGGCUCUAACUUGUAUAACAAGAGCAUAGAUCAAUGGAGCUCUGCAUUAGAUAAGUACAAAAAAAUUCCCAUUAAGAAGAUUCAAGAAGUGCUUGAGGUAAGUUAUGAUGGAUUACAUGAAGAUGAGAAGAGUAUUUUUCUUGAUAUAGCUUGUUUCUUCAACAAGGAAAAGAUAUCAUAUGUGAAGCAAAUGCUACAUGUCCGUGGCUUCCACCCUAAAGAUGGUAUUGAUGUUUUGAUUGACAGAUCUUUGAUGAAGAUUGGCAAGAAUAAUAAUUGUGUGAGAAUGCAUGAUUUGAUUCAAGACAUGGGUAGAGAAAUUGUUAGAAGGGAAUCAACUUCUAAGCCUGGCAAACGUUCUAGACUAUGGAAUGAUGAGGACAUUGUUCAUGUUCUAGAAAAUGACAUGAGUGCUCAUAGGAAAGCAUUGGAUGUGCUGAACACAGUGGGGAUGUCAAAUUCUGUUUUGAGGCUAAUUGAGAUACGUAACCGUGUUGAUCAGUGGAUCAAAUAUGCAGGCAUGCUUUUAACUGUCAUUUUCUUGUUUGCUUUUGUUAUAUGGAGACGUUUUUAUGAGCUUCAAGUGUUCCACGAUGACUUUAAAACUAGGCUCUUAUUAAACGAACUAAUUAAAUAUACUAAUAAGCUCACAAAUUAUAUGAUAAUGGCGGAACCAUCAUCGUCAUCUUCUUCUUCCUUCACAUGGAAUUGGAUCUACGACGUUUUCCUCAGUUUCAAAGGAGAAGAUACUAGAAACGGUUUCACCAGUAAUCUCUACCAUGCACUGGAUCAAAAGGGGAUCCACACCUUCAUUGAUGAUGAGGAGCUUCAAAAGGGGGAAGAAAUUACUCCAGCACUUGUGAAGGCUAUUCAAGAAUCUAGGAUCGCCAUCGUUGUGUUCUCUAAGAACUAUGCAUCAUCUACUUUCUGUUUGGACGAGCUUGCAAAGAUUAUUGAGCUGUUGAAACUUGAAGGAAGAUUGGUUUGGCCAAUCUUUUAUGAUGUGGAUCCAUCAGAUGUUCGCCAUCAGAAAGGUAGCUUUGCGGUGGCAUUAGCAAAACAUGAAGAACGGUUCCAGAAUGAUGACAAUGGCAAGGUACAAAAAUGGAGGAAUGCUCUACGUGAAGCAGCUAAUUUGUCCGGUUCACAUUUCAAACCAGGGUCUCAACAGGAAUACAAGUUUAUUGAAAACAUUGUUAGUGACAUCUCCAAAAAGCUGAAUUACACUCCUUUACAUGUUGCUGACAACCCGGUUGGCCUGGAAUCGCAAGUGCUAGAAGUGAAGUCUCUGCUACAACUUGGGUCUAAUAAUGAUGAAGAUGGAGGAGUACACAUGAUUGGGAUUUGUGGAAGUGGGGGAAUAGGUAAAACAACACUUGCAAGAGCUGUGUAUAACUCUGUUGCUGAUCAGUUUGAUGGUUUGUGUUUUCUUGCUGAUGUUAGAGAAAAUGCAAUCAACAAGAAUCAUGGUCUUGCACAACUCCAAGAGACACUUCUUUCUGAAGUUCUUGAUGAGAGUAAUAUAAGAAUAAGAGAUGUAAACAGAGGGAUUCCAUUGAUAAAAAGGAGGCUUCAACAAAAGAAAAUUCUUUUGAUUCUUGAUGAUGUUGAUGACUUAACCCAGUUAAGCGCUAUUGCCGGAGGCGAUGAUUGGUUCGGUUCAGGUAGUCGGAUAAUUAUCACUUCUAGAGACAAACAUUUGUUAGAAGCACAAUAUGGGAUGAAUCCAAACAAGAUUUAUGAGGUCAAAGAGUUAAACAAAAAAGAAGCUCUUGAAUUGUUUUGUUGGAAGGCCUUUAGAAGCAACAAAGUUAAGUCAGGGUAUGGAGAUAUUUCCAACCGUGUUCUUUCUUAUGCUGGUGGUGUUCCUUUGGCUUUGGAAGUAAUAGGCUCUAACUUGUAUAACAAGAGCAUAGAUCAAUGGAGCUCUGCAUUAGAUAAGUACAAAAAAAUUCCCAUUAAGAAGAUUCAAGAAGUGCUUGAGGUAAGUUAUGAUGGAUUACAUGAAGAUGAGAAGAGUAUUUUUCUUGAUAUAGCUUGUUUCUUCAACAAGGAAAAGAUAUCAUAUGUGAAGCAAAUGCUACAUGUCCGUGGUUUCCACCCUGAAGAUGGUAUUGACGUUUUGAUUGACAGAUCUUUGAUGAAGAUUGACAAGAAUAAUAAUUGUGUGAGAAUACAUGAUUUGAUUCAAGAUAUGGGUAGAGAAAUUGUUAGAAGGGAGUCAACUUCUAAGCCUGGCAAACGUUCUAGACUAUGGAAUGAUGAGGAGAUUGUUGAUGUUCUAGAAAAUGACAUGGGAAGUGAUAGAGUUGAAGUCAUAAUUUUGCACUCAAGCAAGCGUAGAGUGAAUUGGAAUGGAAAAGCAUUCAAGAAAAUGAGGAAUCUCAAAGUUCUCAUAUUCUGGGAUGUACAUUUUUCAGUUGGUCCUGAUCAUCUGCCAAACAGUUUAAGAGUGUUGGAGUGGGAUGGAUAUCCAUCACCAUCAUUACCCUCUGAUUUUCAUCCCACUAAACUCUUCAUACUCAAUUUGUGCAACAGUUCUCUCAAAUUGGACAAUCCACUCAAGAAUUUCAAUUCCUUGAGUUUCAUGGAUUUUGGAGAGUGUGAAUUCUUGACAGAAGUACCCGACCUUUCAGGAGUCCCAAAUCUAGGAGCACUAUGUCUUGAUAACUGCCGAAAUUUAGUUAAAGUUCACAGCUCAGUUGGAUUUCUGGAGAAAUUGAUUUUGCUGAGUGUUCAACGAUGCCCCAAGCUCCGCACUCUCGUAGACGAAAUCAAUCUUCCAUCUCUUGAGACUCUGGACCUCAGUGGCUGCACAAGCCUUGUGUGCUUCCCAGAAAUUGUAGCAACUAUGGAAAACAUUCGAGUAAUUUACUUAGACAGCACCGCCAUAGAUGAUUUGCCACUCACCAUGUUCAAUCUUGUUAGCCUGGAGCGCUUGUAUCUCAGGAACUGCACAGAUCUGAAAACUCUUCAAGGUUGCAUUAGCUUGUUACCUAAACUCGAGGUCGUUAUUUUUCCGAAUCAAAGAGGAUUUCGAUUGAAUUCCGUGGUACACGGAUUUCAGCAACAGAUAUCGUCAGAGUUCAUGAUUCACCGCGGUCCUCGUCCUCUGGUUCCAAUUUGGGAAGCUUAUUGCACAGUCUCCAGUGAUUUGAAUCUCAUCCGAUUAUAUCACCCUUGGCGCCGCCAUGUUUCGCCGGAAGAAGAACGCGGCGCCGGAUCUGAGGGUGCAUCGAGUGUGAGCUUCUGGUACCGGAGAAAACUCCCGGGGGUAAUCAGCGCGUUGUUUACGACUGAAACGACGGACAUUGACGCCUUUGGCUCUGUUCUAGAGUUCAGGGUUCUUGUGUUGGUGAAUCGCAGUUACAUGUUCUCUUCGUCGAGUGUUUACGUAAUCUCUGAGACAAGAACGAGACAGCCAUUACUGGUGAAUGUAAUUCUCGGCACACUUCAAGGCCACGGCGAGCGAUAUGUUUUCAGAUCGGAGUCGGAAUCGGAGAAUGGAUGGAAUCUGGUGCAGAUUGUUGGCGAGAUGUAUUUUCACAGGCCGUGUACGGAGGGGGAGGGGAAGAGCACGGCGGUCGGAGCAGUUAUGAAACGAAGUAGACUUCUUUUUGACAGGGAAUAUUGUUGCAUGGAGGAUAUUCGAUAUUCGAACGGUGACACGUGUGAAAGUGAUGCCCUUGAGUCACCAAGAGAUAUGAUUAUGCGUGAUCCUGGGGAUGAUGAUAAUGCUACCGGUGUUGAUCGUAAUUUGAUUAAAGUUAGUUUACCAAAUAUGUUAUGGUUCAUGGGGCGUAUGGCCCCUCUCUGAAUAUGGCACCACAUCUAUUUUUGUUAUAAAAUAAAUUAUAUACCAAGUACUCUUCAUCUGUAUAAAAAUAAGCAUUAGUUGUUAUGAAAAUAUUAGUAUAAAACUAAUAUAUAAUAGAGAAAGAUUGAUUUAGUAAUUAAUU